ACGCACAAACAACUAUAAAAGUAUGCAUGCCACUUUUUUCUUCAAAUUCAUUCAUCAUCCCAUUGUUCUCUUCUUUCUAGCUUGCAAACACACGAGAUUGAAGCAAAUCAUUAAAGGGUGUUUAUAUUUGUAUCAUACAAAACUUGAAAAGAUGGAGAGUAGCUUAGGUGACAUGUUGUUGAAGGUGAUCAUGUUCAUCAUAGUCCAAGCUUUGGUGUACCUUAUCCUUACCAAUUCAUCAAACAUCUUCUCCAAGAACAUCAAGAGAUCCAACAGCUUCAAGCCUGCACGAUCGGUAAGUAUUCGCCGGAUGCUUGCUUUGCUCUCUGAUUUUCCUCCUGAAGGAGAACCCUCUCCUUCUUCAAAAAGUCCUCAAUCACCAACCCUUCAAAAUGAAGAUAAACUAUCAUAGAUUCUUAGUAGGGUCAGGCUGUGUGUAAAUUAUUUCUCUCUCACUCUCCCUUUAGUGUAGAGGUUAUGGUAUUGCAAAAUUAGUUAAACUAUCCUAGAUUAUUGGUUUGGGGGUCUUGAAUUCUUUUGUUCAUUGGUUUUUUAUUCAUGAAUGAUGUAAUAUAUAUUUAUAAAUGGAAUGUUGAGAGAUUCAUUUAUUUUUUUACCUCU